AAAAUGUUUGUAAACGACUUGAACAUAGAUGUGAUAUCAUAAAUUUGAGCUUCGAGCUUCGAGCUUCGAGCUUCGACCCGCGUCAUCUCGAACGGCUGCUUCUGUUUUCUUGCCGAUAAAAGAAUUGUAAAGGGGAGGCAUGUCCGUUUCAGCCACUCAACACCUGGUAAACAACCUGGAAAACGCUCAUGAUAACACGUUGUGAAGCUCGUUCUGCUUGUUCGGCUCCUCCCCAACAAAUCGUGUUAUGCCGAGAUUGGCAACCUGCUCAGCUGUUUACAUACUGACGCUUCUUCUUUGCCUCGCCGUGACGGAAAAUAAAACACAUCUAGAACGAAACUUUCACCUCUUGGAUCCUGGAGAGAACGAAUUGGGGCAAGGUUCCGCUGAAAUCUCUUGGAAGCAAAAACCAUUUCAUGAAAACGAAUCUAUCGAAACUGUCGGAUCAGGGUUCCUGAACAUUUUGCAACUUCAAACAGCAGAUGAUAUAGAUCCCGAAGAGAAAUCCAAAAAUGCUAGUGUAAAUUUUGAUGGAAAAACUUUGAUGGAUUAUAACGGUCCAGUUGUAAUGGAAGAUUUCGAUGAUACGAGCGAUCAUAAUCUUGUGAGCCACAUUCGCGUCAAAAGAAAUGAACCGAUCAUUCAUCAACAAUUGAUUCACUCCAUGACUUUGGAUCGUUCCAUGGUCGAUUCGCUUCCACAAGAUUCUGGACAUAGUGUCAAUGUGAAAGACAUAUUUGCCGACUCGAUGUUCGAUAACCGAUCUGAUAUCAAUUUGCACUCGCGACGCAAACGAGGAGUUCUGUCGAAGAACGGGCAUCAUAGAAGACGCGUGAAGGGAAACGCCAAGCAUCAUGCUAAAACGAAUAACAAGAACAAGAAGCAUGGUGUCUUGAAAUCCUCCCAUCGGCCUAUCAUAAAAAAGAUAAACAAUCCGACGUCGAAAAAAAGAAGUAAUGCUCGAAAAAUUGCCAAAGCGAUUGAUGAAUCACGGACAGAGUCCAGGAUAGAGAAAAGGGAAUCCGAAAAUAGUAGUUUAAAUAUUAAUACUGCUAACGAUGAAGAAACGGGAGCGUUAAUUAAUCAGAAAGAAAAUGUAUCCUUAACAAAUAAUAGGAGUCUCGCUGAACAGCGAAAAGAAAACGCUGUUAUGUUACCCUUCGUGCACACUGGAAGAGCAGAAUUGCGUGUUCGUAUUGAAAAGAUUCCCACGAACGAGUCGUCGUUCAUCAAUCCCACUCAUUGGACGGAUCGUUCUGUCGGGACUAGCCCCUGUUCGAUUAUGUUACCGAAGUAUAAUACGAGUGAUAAAAUUCUCGAUGUCACAAAUCUUGAACUCACUCCGAAUUUUGACUCCGUCGAAAGAAAGAAAGCUAAUAACUUAACAGUGAAGAUCACGCUGAAAAAGUUGCAUCGCGGAAAUAACGCAUCUGGUCAGGAAUCAAGCAAUUCCGAAAGCACAUUGUUCUCUAACGCCGAAUCUUAUCCAGUUGGAUCAAACGUGUCAGAGAUCGAGGACAAUCGAAACACGGAAAACGAAAAAUACGAUCGCACGAACGAGAUAUCCACAGGAUCCUUGGACAAGGACGCAAAGUCACGCGCAAAGAGAAACCAGGAAAUUACGUCCAAGCGCUAUGAACGAAAUGCGAAAGGAUCGAAAUGUUUCAAAGAUACUGAACAAGGAACAUCAAUUAAAGACACGAAACACGAAAAGAUAAGGUACAGAAGGACUGUGCGAUCAAUCGAAGAAAUUAAAGAUCUAGCCGAAAAGUUAAUCGUCAAGAUAAGCGAAUUGCAAGUAUAUGUGAGUAAUCGUAAUGAGACUUCACACGCGAGAGAUUGUCUCGGUAAAAACGCAGAUAGUAUAGUCGUCGAGGAGAAACCGAAUUCUUCCUUGAAGAAGAAAGACGUUUCGAGUUCCAAAGUCACUGAGAACGCCAACAAUCAUAAGCGUUUCGCGAAGAAGACGGUCUUAACAAGUAAAAGAGCAUCCCAAAUGCGUCCUAGCGGUUCGAGAUUCGCGCGAGGAGAAUAUCGCAUAGGAAGGACACCACGUCGCAAGUGGGGCAGGUGGCUGGAUUGGAGCAGCUGUAGCGUCACCUGCGGCAAGGGUCGACAGAUCAGGUGGCGGCAUUGCCUGCACGAUUGCAACGACGCGGAAACUGAGAUGGAAGAGAAAGCAUGCCAAUUGCCAGCCUGUCCGAGUAAGUUCCUUGGAAUAUUCUGAAAAAUUUCUUUUUUGACAAACAAUGAUCGGCGAUCGACGAUAGUCGGCGAAUUUCUGUGACACGUCGGUAUCAUGAUUAUUAAAAAAAUAUUAUGUACAACAAUAAUUUAACAUAGUCUAUUAAUCUUUCAGUUGCUUAAAAUGUAUAGAAUUACUUGUAGCUAUGCUUCGUAAAGAUAAGAAAAUCGAUAAGGAAAGUUCGCGAAGUUUUAAAUUUUUUGAUAUUAUUUUAUUCUGUUGUCUUUUUUUUCUAUGGAUAAUCAUUUUCGUACAAAUAUUUUUUUAUGACUUCGGAUUACAUGCUUAUAUUUUAUACUACAUAGGAACUUUCAAAGUCACAAAUAACCGGUGACGUUUUAUCCUGGGAAGGAUAAAUUAAACAAUAAAAUUUUUGAAAUUCGUAUAUUACAAACACGUUAUCGAUACACUGUAUCAAGUUUGUAUGAGUGAAUUUUUUUUAUAGCCUCGUGAACCUUCCUUGCUUCUCGAUCCAUAUAUAAUACGGUAAUAUUUCGCAUAAUUGUGUAACAAAUCAUUUAAUGUAUAUUUCUCAUCGUCUCAUUAUCAAAUACACAAUAUAUUAUACAGGAUUUUAAACAAUAUCUCCUUCUUUGCCUUCAGUAUUCACAAAUAACGAGAACGUUUAUUGCUUAAAAAGUAAGUCUGUCGCAGCUCAAUCAUCGUAUUCAUCGUCACAAAAUCAUACCAGAUACGAUUGUUUGCUUUUUGCUAAUAAUCGUGUCACAAAAAUGUUAACGAGCGUAUACACUUUCCGUGCGAGUAGUCACGAAUCUAUACAAUGCUUUCACCUUUCUUUUUUCUUAAUCAAAUAGCGCAGAACUUUACUCUAUCAGCAGUUCACAUACUUUUGCGUGUUAUAAAAUCUGAUAUCGUACAAUAUUUAUAAAGUUUCCUAUAAUAUAUUUUUUUACGUUCGUUUUCUGUGAUACUGACUUAAAAAUAUGGUAAUAAAAUUCUCACACACACACACACACGCGCGCGCGCGCGCGCGCGCA